AUGCCGUCGACAACUCCGGAUCUCAUCCCUCACUUUGGCCACGCAGAUCCGGAGAAGCAAUUGGAGUACAACCUACCUUCGACACCCUUCGUCGACGAAACAGCGCGCACUUCCGACUACGAAUUCCAGCUCUCCAAGCGCCGCCAAACAUUCGGCGGAGGAUCGAGGGACAAUAUCAACUCUUCGAGGGCACCGACGGGAAGAAAGCAGGAAAUCCAACAUGACUUCCGCUACCUCAGCACAAUCGCAGCACUGCAGAACGGUGGUCUUCCUGGCCUGUUCUGGUCCAUGAUCAUAUGCUACAUCGGCCAGCUUUUCAUCAUUCUAUCUCUUGCUGAGAUGUCCUCGAUGGUGCCCGCCGCCGGCGGUCAAUACAACUGGGUCCACGCCUUCGCUCCACGCCGGUACAAAGAGAUCUUGUCCUACUGCGCUGGAUGGCUGUGCUCGAUCGGCUGGCAGGCGAGAUUCAGUGCGCUCUGCUAUGUCAUCGCCGGACUGAUCUUGGCCAUGGCGGAGCUCAACCACGACGACUUCCAUGGCACAUUCUGGCAGCGCGGACUCUUAACUAUAGCCACGGCCAUCUUUGUAUCCGCAUUCAACGCCUUCGCCGCAGGCCACAUCUCAAUUGCUGAAGGGUUCUUCGCCCUGUGUCACGUCUUUGCGCUGGUUCCGAUUGUGGUCUCGCUCUGGAUCUUGGUGCCGAAGAAGAGCGCUCGGGCCGUCUUUCUCAAUUUCCAGGACCACAAAGGCGACUGGCCAAAUGUCGGGCUAUCAACACUGGUCGGACAAUCCAGUGCAAUGUUCGUUGUCCUUGGAUCGGACGCGGUGACAUACAUUGCUGAGGAGAUCGAUAACCCAGAAUUGCUUGUGCCGCAGACGAUGCUUCGAAGCUUUUUGAUCAAUGUUCCCAUUACAUUGAUCAUGCUGGUCACUUAUGUUUUCAACGUUGGCGACGUGGAGGAGAUCCUGCGCGGGACAGUACCGCCUUUCGUCUCGGUCUUGAGCAAUGCUUUCAAGAACGUGGCGGCCACAACUGGCUUCUCGGUCGUCAUCCUUUGCCUGCUGAUCAUGGUGGCAACCUCCACAAUGGUUUCGACGUCGCGACAGCUUUACGCUUUCGGCCGGGAUAAAGGACUCUUCUACUCCAGCAUGCUUUCUCGUGUCCAUCAGAAGCUCAAAGUCCCACUCAAUGCUAUCCUCUCCACGACAUUCUUCACAACAGUGAUCACGGUCCUAACGCUCUUCAGCCAGACUGCUUUGCGCACCAUGGUCAGCCUGUGUAUUGUGUGUCUCAUGGCCACCUACAUGACCUCACUCAUAUGCCUGAUCAUGCAGCGCUUGAACCAUGUCCAGCUACCGGCUGCGAAGUGGUCACUAGGCCGUGCUGGACUGACAAUCAAUAUUAUUGCCCUGGUGUAUGCGGCAUGGGCGGUCUUCUGGAGUUUCUGGCCAAGCUUCUACCAUGUGACUGGAGCAAAUUUCGUUUGGGCGAUCUUGCUGUUUGUCUUCGUCUUGGCGCUGGCUUUGGUCACUUUCUUCGCGGGCAGAAGGCGACAAUCGCAAGAACGGGCAAGGCGUGUGAGUGCAGGCUUCCGUCUGAGAGUAUAG